ACUGCCGAGCGUAGAAUAACACGAGCAACACGUCAAUGUGGAGGAGUUGGGUAGCGAAAUAAGACAAGAAGAAAAGAGGGACGCGUCGAAUUCGUGCCGGAGCGCCUGAGCUAACAAGCUAAGAUGUUAACAACGCGCCGCCUUCUAUUCAUUCAAACUGCCCGAGUUCUGCUGCUUACAGGUUUUACUUCAUAGGCCCGACAAGAGGAGAAUAGCAUUUCAUGUCGAGUCACGAUGUUCCUUAGGUUUGCGAGGAAUAUUAAGCGGGAACGUAAAUCCUUGAGUAACGCGCAUGAUACUCUUACAUCCCCAGAAAGCAUCCACAAGCUGAAGGAGAAAGCCAAGAAAAGGAAAGGACGAGGGUUCGGCUCUGAUGAAGGCGCCAGGUCACGCAUGAAAGAAGAUUACGACACUGUGGAGCAAGAUGGGGACGAGCCGGGUCCCCAGCGAUCUGUGGAGGGUUGGAUCCUGUUUGUGACGGGUGUACACGAGGAGGCCACUGAGGAGGACAUCCAUGACAAGUUCUCUGAGUUUGGCGAGAUCAAGAACCUGCACCUCAACCUGGAUCGGAGGACAGGAUACCUUAAGGGUUACGCUCUGGUGGAGUACGAGACCUACAAAGAGGCACAGGCUGCCAUGGAGGGCCUCAACGGCCAGGACAUGAUGGGCCAGCCCAUUAGCGUGGACUGGGGCUUUGUCCGCGGACCCCCCAAGAACAGACGCAGGACUGGCGGACGACGACGCAGCAGGAGUCCCGAGAGGCGACGGCGUUAAA